GGGCCCAUUUCAUGUUAGCCAAUGGGGUGAUACUACGUCCCUAGUAGCUGCUUUCAUCCGGAUGAGGAAUUUGAAAUUCAUAGCAAUAUCAGAUUACCACUUUUCCACCAGCCAAGAUGUGCAGCUAUCAUGGUACCAUCAGAGUGUUGGUGCAGGUUCUUUGGGCCCACCUGCUCUGUGGAUGGGCGUUUGGCUCCGAGCUUACGUUUGAGCUUCCGGAUAACGCAAAACAGUGUUUCUAUGAAGAUAUUAUCAUUGGCACCAAGUGUACACUUGAGUUCCAGGUUGUCACUGGCGGGCAUUACGAUGUUGACUGUCGUCUAGAGGAUACAGAUGGUACGGUUCUUUACAAAGAAAUGAAGAAGCAGUACGAUAGCUUUACAUUUACGGCUGCCAAGAACGGAACAUAUAAGUUCUGCUUCAGCAAUGAGUUUUCUACCUUCACGCAUAAGACCGUCUACUUUGAUUUCCAAGUUGGAGAGGAUCCCCCACUUUUCCCCAAUGAAAACAGGGUCACUGCUUUAACCCAGAUGGAGUCUGCCUGUGUGUCCAUUCAUGAGGCCCUGAAAUCGGUAAUUGACUAUCAGACACAUUUCCGUCUGCGGGAGGCUCAGGGACGCAGCCGUGCCGAGGACCUUAACACAAGAGUGGCUUUCUGGUCCAUUGGGGAGGCCUUCAUAUUGCUGGUGGUCAGCAUCAGCCAGGUGGUCUUGCUGAGGAGCUUCUUUUCUGACAGGAAGACCACCACGACGCGUGUUGGAUCCUAACAUCCCACAGCAUCGCAUCUCAUCCCGGUCACCUCCACAAGGGACUUCAGAUCCAAUGCCGCCAACAACAACAGUUCACAGUUCAUGGCAGAAUUUAUUUGUUUUUUUUAUAGAUGCCAUUCAUAGAAUUUGAAUUUUUAAGGUACAUUCAAGCUUUGAAGUUACUUUUAACAAACCCAGUGGAUUAUCUAAAUAAAAUCAAGCAAAUAAUGUUGGAAAUACAACAACGUAUUUAUUAUGUGGGUGCAUAUUGUCUGUUUUUUACAACACUGUUUACCAGAAUAAUUUGAACAUACUGGUAGCCCGUCUUGCAGUUCUAAUUUGAGACCUACCUGAUACAUUAAAUCGUAGUUGCAGAAUUUAAUUUGCGCACAGUUCUCACUUCCUUUAGUAAUGAGUAAAUUCAAACUUGGUUGUUAGAUUCAAGUUAUGAUAUCAAACAAAUCAAAAGUACUCUGUCUGGUGUAAACAAUUGGUAAGCAUAUUCUUUGUUUUUAAUGUGAGAUUCCACUCCUCAACAGGCUUGUGGCAAGCAGAGGUUGUGUUUUGGGUGGAUGGACCUUGACUUUCUGCAUUUCUAGGAGUUUAACCAUCUCUUUAUUGUAACUGGUGUUUUGUUCUUGGUGUAUAUGGUUAAAACAAUAUGAAGCUGGUGUAAGCACAAUUAUUUAAUUUGUUUUAUAUUAGGCAUGUGUGUGGUCUUAUUUUUGGGUUGUGUACUGUUCAUUAUUAUUUCCUCACAGUCAUCAGCUUGUUGGCAGUCCAAGGAAUUGUUUCCUUAUUUGCAUAGCUGAAUAAACAUUUUCUGGUAAACCCAU